AUGUUACAUAGCUUGCUCAACUUCUCCUAUUUGUUCAUGCAUAUUAGGACAAUUUCUGCAGAUGUAAACGGCCUUCUAUCUGUUUCUGUGGAAGAAACAACCACUGGUUAUAGGAAUGAGAUUACCAUAACCAAUGACCAAAAAAGGCUUUCAGCUGAGGAGAUUAUAAGAAUGAUUCAUGAAGCUGAGAAUUAUCAGGUUGAUGAUAGGAAGUUCAUGAAGAAGGCUAAUACAAUGAAUGCUUUGGAUGACUAUGUUUACAAGAUGAGGAAUGCAUUGAAUAAUAAGAAUAUCAGUUCAAAGCUUUGUUUACAAGAAAGGGAGAAAAUCAAAUCUGUAAUUUCGAAGGUGACAGAUUUGCUAGAGGGUGAUAAUCAGCCGUAUGAAAUAGAGGUGUUUGAGGAUCAUCUGAAUGAGCUUGUGAACCUCUUUGAUCGUGUCAUUGGCAAGUUUGCUUAG